AUAAAUGUAUUGUUUUCUGAUAAUAUUUAUGAUGACGUACACACUUCCCCCCAGUACAUGACACUGAUAUUUGUUAAAACACAAAGGUAGGAUUUUUUUUAACGUUUAAAAGCUUUCGAUCGAUUACCAUUAUUACAUUAUAUUAUAUAUUGUGUAUUACAGAUCAGAUGAAUACAGCAUAUUCGAGGGUGAUUAAGAUGACGCCGUAUGAAUGUGUGUUUGGCAGAAAGCCGCCAAUGCCUGUUGUGCCGCAAGAGGUCGGGUGAUUUCGGAGAGUCGUGUCAUGCUAGGUCCGAGUACGGUGUCCUCGCUGGCACGUAUUCUGGAGAAAGAAUACAGAAAUUUCGUGGCAUACUGCCGAUACAAGUACAAGGUUUUCAACAUGAGAAAACCAUUUCUCUAAGAUCUGCUGCCCGCAAGUUUGCCAAGCAAAGGACUGAAGGCACUGUGUUAAUAACAGCACCAGAUGCACCGGUGACUGCUGGCAACAUUUCAUUGGCUCUGAGACCGUUCGUGCAGUCGGUUUUGGAAACGGCGAACACGCCAUCCGGUGGCGAAGCUAGUGCUACAUAGGUACAGCUGGGAAAUACGAUUCUAGGACAACUACCCCCUGGACAAUUACCCACCAGGACAAUUACCC